AUGCCGCUUCAUCGCGUGCUGACCUACCUCGCCGCUAGUUUCUUAGGUCAAACGAUAGGGACAUCGACCUUCACGUCGAACCAGCCAUUAAACGGGUGGUACCAGUGCUCGCCCUAUACAAAUGAGGCAGAGACCAACACGAGCGGCCUCGCUGCCGAGUGCGCGACGUUCGCACCUCCAUUGUGUUACCCUGGUAUCUGUGAGGCACCGUCUGGUGCACCGAAAACGAUCGACGUGUUCGUAAAGCGGCUGCCUGCCUCGACGGGCGAUGCUGAAAUGGCGUCCAACGUUUGGAUGAUCAAUGGGGGACCUGGGUUGUAA